AUGGGCGGCGAUGGGGCGUGCGGGCGUGUGUUGGGCGCGAGGUGGGCGCAGGACUCGGGCGGGGGUGAGGGUCGGCGGCAGUGGCAGGCAGGACGGGACCGUGGGAAGCCGGACGCCAGACUGACGACAUGCCGCCGCGCCCCGCCCCGCGCCGGUCGAUGGCGGGGCGCAGACGCAGGCCAGACUCCCCCACCCAACCCCAACCUGCACCCAGCCCCCCAACCUAGCCUGUCCCAGCCCCCAAGAUCCCUCCAACCUGCCCCAGCACUCCCCAGCCUGCCCCCAGAUCUCCAUUGCCUAUCCUUGCCUUCUCCAGUCUUCCCCCAACCUCCCCAACCUCCCUCAGCCACCCCCAGGCCCCACAGACCCACGGCCCACAGCCCCAGCCCGCCCACUAACACCCACUCAUCCCAUGACCCACACACACACUCACACACUCACCGCCUUUAA